UCCUCCCCGCCCCCCGCCCCCGCAGGCGUGAAGAUCCCCUUGUGGAAGAAGGAGCUGGAGCAGCCCGGGACCAGAGAGGCAGAGGCGGAGGCGGAGGCUGCGGAGGAGGCCGAGGAGAGGCUGCUGGAGGAACGCGCGGCCGAGAGCGAGGCGGAGGGCGGGGAGGCGGAGGGCGGCGAGGGCCGGGAGCGGGGCUCCGUGUCGUACUAUCCGCUGAGCCAGGAGUCCAGCAUCCUGCAGGUGGCGCUGCUGCGGCGCGCGGACAGCGGCUUCUGGGGCUGGUUCAGCCCCUUAGCACUGCUCGGCGGCCUGGCCCCUCCCGCCAACAGGAAGCGGAUCCCCCCGGAGGAGCCGUGCGUGCUGGAGACGCGGCGGCGGCGGCUGCGCGGCGGGGGCUGCGCGCGCUGCGAGAUCCUUUUCUGCAAGAAGUGCAGGAACCUGCACAGCUCGCAGAGCUACGUGGCGCACUGCCUUCUGGAGCACCCGGAUCUGCCGGAGGCGCGGGCUUCUGGAGGCGCGGGGGCUGCCGUGGGCCUUUGAACGCCCCCCAAUCCCCAGUCUCUGUGGCCCUCCAUCCUCGCCUGACUCCAAAUUCCCCGCCCCCCUCUCCUCCCCCGCCCCGACGCGGAGCGCUCUCCAAUACGUACCUGAGAGCCGCCUUCCCGGAGCGCCCCACUCCGAGCAGCCCAGCAGGCCCACCGCUGAUGACCGGGCCCACCUGUCAUCAAUGCGGAGCCCAACAUCACCUGGAGCUCCAUUCCUCCAACAGCGCCUCCCGAGGGCCCCAGCGCCCGGGUCAGCACGCAGUGCCCACCGCCCACCUGACUCGCGCCCCCUGGUACAGCCUCACGCUCAUCUCUGGGGUAUUUCACGUCCUUCGGGCCCGGUGAGCAGAGGCGUCGCCUAGAGAAAAUAACCCCUCUGGGAAACUUGCCCCUUCCCUCAAAUCAUUCAAUAAAGCCCCUAAUCAAAGUGUCAGUGCCUUGAGGUGGGGCGUGGGAUAAAGAUCGACCCUCCUCCCCUUCCCCUGGGUUCAAGCCAGAGGGAAAAGGGCAGGCGGAGAGCCUCCUCCCUGCAACUCCCCCCGGAGAGGGCGGAACAAAGCACUUGCAGCCAAGGGCAG